CUUGAACUGGAUUUUAGUUCGUGUUGAGAAGCGAAGUCGUGUUGUUCAAUAGUCGGGGGAUUGGAGAUUGUGAACAAUUUUCAUAAGAGGAUAUUGUUUUAUUUUUAAAUAACUUUGCACAUCUGUGUGUCGGCUUGGUCCUAGUGGCGAAGAAAAUAAAAAAUAUAUAAGCACCAUCAUGAAGUGGAGCUUACUUAUAGUUUUGGGUUUAUUUGCCCUUACCGCACAGGUAACAUCUAAAGAUGUUGAGGACGAGGUGCCAUCAUCAUUGGAAGAUGAUUUGAAUCGUUUGGUGGAAGAAAUUGAUGACAGUGAUGAAGCACUUCUUCGGGAAUUAGAAGAGAAGAUGUUGGCAAAGGAUAUUGACCGUGAAAACGAAAUAGCUUCUAAACUUGCCGAAGAAUCCAACAACGUUCUUAUUCCAGUUCUUGAAAUUGAUCCAUGUGAAAAAAUGCACUGCGGAGCCGGACGUGUUUGCCACAGCACCGGAGAGGAAGCCGAAUGUAUUUGCAUUCAGGAUUGCCCUGAAGAAAUCGAUACACGUCGUCAUGUUUGCACAAACAAAAAUGUUACCUGGCCAUCUGAUUGCUCAGUUUACCAAGAGCGUUGCUUCUGCGAUACUAAGGACAAGCGUUGCACAGAUCCUUCCAACAGCCAUUUACAUAUUGACUACUAUGGUGUUUGCCAAGACUUGCCUGGAUGCUCUGAAGAAGAAAAGAAGGACUUCCCACGUCGCAUGCGCGACUGGCUCUUCAACGUUAUGCGUGACUUGGCUGAACGUGAUGAAUUGACCGAACAUUACAUGCAAAUGCAAAUGGAAGCUGAAACCAAUAUGACUCGUCGCUGGGCUAACGCUGCUGUCUGGAAAUGGUGUGAUUUGGAUGGUAACACCGAUCGUUCGGUAUCUCGUCACGAAUUGUUCCCUAUCCGGGCGCCACUUGUUAGCUUAGAACAUUGCAUUGCUCCAUUCUUGGAGUCAUGCGAUCAAAACGAUGAUCACAGAGUGACAUUGGUUGAGUGGGGAACCUGCUUAGAAUUGGAACCAGAUGAGCUCAAUGAAAGAUGUGAUGACAUCCAGAAAAAUAUUCCUCAUCUUUUGGGUUAGAAGAAAAAAGAACAACACACACAACUUUAAGUUGUAUUUUAAGUUAUAAACAUAUAUAACAUGAAAUGAAAAUAAAAGAAAUCUUCCUUUAA